AUGGCCGCUCAGAAUCGCGAAAUUACCAUCAUCGGCGGCGGCAUCGUAGGCUGCUCAACCGCCUACUAUCUCUCGCACCAUCCGUCCUACUCGCCUGAGACGACCACAAUCACCCUUCUCGAAGCAUCCAUCAACGGCGCUGCACAAGGGGCAUCUGGAAAGGCCGGGGGACUCGUAGCAAAAUGGGCCUAUCCGCGGGAACUGGUGGAUGUCUCUUUCGAAGAGCACAAACGCCUCGCUGAGACGCACGGCGGCACGGAGAGAUGGGGCUGGCGUAUGGUUGGGUGCGGGACAUGGGAAGGUCGCGGGGAGGUACUGACUGAAGCGGACGAGCCAGGCACGGGCGUAGGGAAGGGUGGUGAGCGCAGGAGCUUGGAGAAGACGCUGGGGCUGGACGGCGGGAGUAAGAGUAAGGCUAGCAGAAGAGCGAAGGGUUUGCCAGAUGAUUUGACGUGGGUGAAGGAGAGUCUGACAUCGUCGUACACCCCCAUGGCACCUGCGGGUGACACCGCGCAAGUCCAUCCGUACCUGUUCACCAUGUCCAUGCUCGAGCUGGCCAAGGAGAGGGGCGUGCAGUUCGUCUCCGGCAAGGUGACUUCGAUCAACCACGACGGGGGCCAAGUGAAGUCCGUCACCUACACUGAAGUGACGGGCGAGAAACUAACCCGGACGAUUCCCUCGACGCACGUCAUCCUCACCGCCGGCGCCUGGUCUCCCAAUAUCCUCCCGUCCCUGCCUAUCUCCGCGACGCGUGCACACAGCAUCACCGUCAUCACGCCCCCAGAAACCGAAAUCGCGCCGUACGUCCUCUUCACCGAGAUUGUCAUGCCCGCCGACGGCCGGACGCGCUCCAAGGGCCGCCCCGAGAUCGUCUCGCCCGAGAUAUACCCACGUCCACUUCCGACGAAAGAGAUAUACAUAUGCGGGCCUGGCGAUUCCCUAAAGUUACCUGAGACCGUCGACGAGGUCGCGGUCGACCCCGAGGCGUGCGAGGCGAUUUACAAGCAGGUUGCGAGCAUCUCGCCAGAGGUGAAGAGCGGAACGGUUGAUAAGAGGCAGGCGUGCUAUUUGCCUGUGGUCAGGGGAGGUGGAGGUCCGAUUGUGGGAGAGGUAAAGAGCCUUAAGGGCCUGAUUCUUGGAGUUGGCCAUACCUGCUGGGGAAUCUGCAACGCGCCAGGUACCGCGAGAGCACUAUCCGAACUCGUGAUGGAGGGGGGGAUUAAAUGUGCAGACUUGAGGAGACUAGAUCCAAGCCGAUAUUUCAAGUUGUAGAAAAGAUCAUUUUGCAUCAGACCACAUGGGAGCUACUAGAACGUCUGGAUGGACUUACUGUAUUCGUCAAAUAGACAGUGGCAUGCAUCUCUCCCUCUCUGGGAUGAAGCUUGGAAAUCUAGAAAAUGG